AUGGCUUGAUUCUGUAUUAGCUGUUAUUGAGAAUACUGCUAUGAAUCCACAACAACGACGAGAUUUUGUGGCAGAACGACUAGCUGGCAAAGCACAAGAAUGGUAUCGUCGUCAUUCUCAAGAGGUUCCUGUUUUCUCGUGA